AAAAAAUUGAACGAAUAUUGUUUAUUUCAAUAAAUAUUAUUAAAGGUAAGAAAAUAAUUAAACUUUCUAUUUCAAUUUUCAGAAUUGUUAUUAUAACUUUAAGUUAUCCAUUAGCGCAUUAUGGCUACCUCAUCGCGAAGUAAAAAUCCCUUAUGGAAUUAUUUUAAAGUGAGUGAUGAAGAUGUUGGCAAAGCCAUCUGCAUACUUUGCAAGAAGAUUUUGUCUAGAGGAAGUAAAGACGCACACAACAUGUCAACAACAAAUUUACAAAACCAUCUGAAAAAAAGUACAUUACAAUAUACAUAGCAUGAUUCUUUCUCAGAAGAAAAUUAUUAACCACGAAUCUUUACCAAAUCCAAAUGAAAAGUCUAUAAAACAAUUUCGCACUACUCGAACAAUAUGCUCAGAUAGAACAAGCUCUGCUGAAUCAGUGCAAAUCAUUACCAGCACUGCCACAGAUGAAACGCAGGGAAGCUCGCGUGUGUCUAAUAACACAAUUGCCUUUUUUCAAAAAGCAUUGACACAGGUAACUCAGCUAACUGUAGCUGAAUUCAUUUACUAUUCAGUAUUCAUGAUUUUGUGACUGGAUGGGGGCAUGUCUUGUCGAAAAAUUAUCUUUUGUAUAGAAAAAUGUUAACUUAACUUAUCUAAGCUUAUAAUAUUAUAAUAAAUGUACUGGUGAGGGGGGAAAGAUACAUACCUCUAUCCGCCACUUAGAUCCGUCGCUGGCCAUUGUUAGUUACAAGUUGCUAAGUAAUUUUUUUAAUUCGUUGAAUUUGUUUCAGGUCUCACUGCGGGAGAUUUUGCAAAGAAAAGAAUUGUGGCAACUUGAUAAUUCUAUAGCUCAAGCUAUUACCAAGCUUAUUGGAGAAAUGAUAUGUUUAGACUUGCAGCCAUACUGUAUUUUUGAAGAUAAAGGUUUUACCCGACUUUUAAAGAAUUUUGCUCCAAACUAUACAAUACCUAGUUGAAAGUAUUUCUCCACAAAAGUCAUUCCACUGAUGUAUGAAACCAUAAAAGCCAAAGUAAAAUAUGAGCUUGAUCAAGCAGAUUUCUUAAGUUUAACUAGUGAUGGUUGGACCUGUCAGCACACAAUUCAAUCGUAUUACAGUUUAACAGCUAGAUUUGUAACGCAUGAGUUUACAGUUAAACAUUUCAUCUUACAAGUUACACACUUCUCUGAGUCGCACACAGGGCACAAUAUAAGUAAAUUCAUAAAUGAAGCGCUACAAUCAUGGGAAAUUCCCCAUGAAAAAAAUCAUGCAGUUUUAACUGAUAAUGCAGCCAAUGUAAUGGCUGCCAUUAAAGAGUCAAAUUUAGGCGAUAAACAUCUUCCAUGUCUGAUACAUACUUUACAACUUUGUAUUCAGAAAAAGAUUUUUAGAGAACAAAGAACAGCAAGUGAUACAAUAGCUGUUUUUCGAGCAUUAGCAGGACAUUUCCACCACUCAUCUAGUGCUGUGGCUAAACUAAAGGAAAUUCAAAGUCAACUAAAAUUGCCAGAGCAUAACAUAAUUCAAGAUGUUUCCACAAGAUGGAAUUCGACAUACUAUAUGCUUGAAAGGUUCAUUGAGCAGAAAAAAGCUAUUACAUUGUAUUGCAUUACCAGAAAUCAAGCAAAUGCAAAAAAUCCUACGGAAAAUCAAUGGCAACUUGCUGAAAUGCUUGUAUGCAUAUUAAAACACUUCGAAAGUACUACAAAAGACAUGAGUAAAGAAACGGCAUGUAUAUCAGAGAUUAUACCAUUUAUCUAUGCAAUGGAAAAGUUUCUAGACUACGUUUGUGACACGGCAACUGAAAUAAAAACUGUUGUUGAUGAACUUAAGAAAGAUUUUAACUGUCGUUUUCAAAAAUACAAGGAUAAUGUUGAUUUAAAAAUCGCGAUGAUGCUUGAUCCUCGUUUCAAGUUAAAGUUUGUUGAAGACAAGAAUCAUAAUAUGUUUAAAGAAAUACUCCAUUUAGAGUUCUACCGUUUUUGUUCCAAAUCUCAUUUAGAACAAGUAAAAGAAAUUGAAUUUGGUGUAGCAAGAGGUAGUGGAUCAGACUCAGAAGAAUCAUUAAGUUCAUUUUCAGAAUCUAAAAUUCAUGAGUCUGACUCAGAUUUUGAUGGCCAUGGCUCUCCAUUAAAAAAAAAAAAACUAAUGAGCAUGGACAUAUAUAGCUUGUUCCACCAAAUCGGUGCAAAUAAGUAUGCUCUACAAAAUUCAGAAAAUUCUGACGGACGGAGAAAAAAGAAAAAAACACUAGUUCAAUGGGAAAAACUCUAACUGUCAAAGAAAAUUGCACCAAUGAAGUCAACUUCUACUUGAGCCUUCCAAUACUGCCAAAGAAUGAAUGCCCUUAUAAGUGGUGGAGUGCAUACCGUUACACUUCCUCUGAUCAAGAUACUUACAAGUUGAAUUUGUCAAAGUUUACAAAGAAAGUUUAGUGCGCGCCUCCUUCAUCUGUAAAAAGUGAACGCUUAUUUAGCACAUCUGGAAACAUAUUUGAAGCAAAAAGAAACAGACUAUUACCCGAACAUGGAGAACAGAUUGCAUUUUUAAAUUGUAAUAUGCCUGCUUUCAUUGAAUAAAUUUUUAUUAACUAAAUAAUAGACUGUAGCUUCUUAGUUCAACUGAUUCAACUUUUUAACAAAAUUUAAAACAAAUACCAAAUUUUGUGUUCAAAUUAAAAUAAUGACUACUUUUAUAUUUUUACAUUUUACGUGUUUACAUUUUUAUAAAUUCUUUCAAAGAAUAGACCAUAAUUUACCUUAAGUAUCAGUAAAUGUCUAAGAUUUAGUGAUGUAAUCUUUCCUAUACCUGCUAGAUAUAUAGAGUUAAGACUCUAAAUUUCACUCUCUA